AUUUAGCAUGCAAUGCAGCGCCAACUUCCGAAAUGGGGCGCUGCUUCUCUUCUGCAUGAAUGCCAUUGCAGUCACCAGGCUGGCCAGUCUGCAUGACUCUGACAGCGUCUAUAAACGUAGUGCUAUGAUGGGAGGUGUCAACAUCAGCACUUGGCUUCUGCUGCAAUUGAAAGAGGCACGCCGCUUUGCGCCCUGCUUGAUUCCUGCUGACCAAAAAACCUUCAAGGGCUGUGUAUAACGAGACUUGGAAGCACGCAGGACCGCGUCAAUUGAUGCAGAGUUGUUUCACUUCCCACUUGGCGCGUGUUGGCUUGGGGACUCCAUUUGCUUGCGUGGUUCCUGGCGAAUGCUGUGCACGGUGAAUGCUGAUCUGAGCUGCUUCGGUGAUCCCUCCGAGCUACAAAUUGUAAAACAUGGAUAAGAAGGAGCCAAUCGACGACCAGGAGUUUGAAGCAGGGAUUUCCCAGGGAGGAGGCGGUUCCAGCAGGCAGCCUGAUGGGGAUAGCUCAGAUUCCACUUCUCCUGGACCCGAGGAGGACUUUCCUUCGGACAGCUACCAGAGUACUCAAGGUGCACUGCUUGGAGCAACAUUGCGAGCUAAUGUCUUCAAUCCGGAGUUUCUACCGACUCUUAGCGGCCAACAGAUGGCCAGUCCAAGCGACGACGAUGUUGCUGCAGAGCAGUUUCCAACACUGCUCUCAGCCAGUCUGCGCUCCAACGUGUUCAAUUCAGAUUUUCUGGACCUGGUGGUUGAGCGCCAUGUGCAAGACAGGGCUGAGGCGCAUGUGCAAGCUCGUGGUUUGGAGAGUCAUGCAAGCUUAGCGCGAAAAGUAACAUCCAGGGCGCCAGCGAUCAUAGAUGUGGCGAUUGCACAAGCUUUGAAUGAAGAGCUUGCCACAACCAUACCAGAUCCGAAGCGGCUCGGCACCUAUGACAAUUAUCCGGUCGAAGAUCCAUCUCUGAGGUCCAGUGGUGUUGAGCCCACUCUGCCAGUCACGGUGAAUGGCCAGGCUGGUGAACCGAGGGAAGAGCAAAACAGGAAGACAAAGCAGGCUGAAGUACCUCGACAUGAAAAGCUACCCGCACUGAAACGAGUGUGGAGGAAGUUCCUUCAGCCACACUCUCAACUGGCAGCUCAACUCGAGGCCCUAUUGACCCUGGCCGUACUUUCUGGUGUCCUCCUCUGCUGCCUCUGGCUGGCAAUCGGCCAUGCAGCUGCUCCUGACGAGGCCGUUUUCUCUCUAGUCGUUGUCUACCUGGCAACUGUUGUGUUUGGGGAAUUGGCAGCGAGAGUUGGAACGCAUCCUUUGGUCGGGAUGCUCAUUGCUGGAUUCAUUUGUCGCUACAUUCCCGGCGUCAAAGCGGGACGUGUUAUCCCUCACGAAGUCUCGGCCUUCAUUCGCGAGUUCGGCCUGUGCACGAUUCUCCUCAGGGCCGGAAUCGCACUAGACGUGAAGCUGCUGAUGCGGUUGAAGUGGCUAUCAUUCGCCUGCUCCGUCUUUCCGACCGUUGUGGAAGCGGCCGUGCUCGCAGCGAUGUCUGUCUGGCUCUUCUCCCUCCCUUGGACUUGGGGUUUCAUGACGGGGUUCAUCGUGGCAGGCGUGGCACCAGCCAUCGUUGUGCCGGCGCUGCUCGCGUUGCAGGAUGAAGGCUUCGGUGUGGCAAAGGGCAUCCCAUCUCUGGUCUUGGCUGUAGCCGCUGUGGAUGAUUGUCUCUCCGUUAUUAUCGGGAACGCUGUUUUCAACAACAUCAUCUUCUCGAAAUCGGAACUGGUCAUGUCCAUCUUCCGAGCACCCAUCGAGAUCGCCAUGGGCAUCGCUAUCGGCGUUGGGCUUGGUUUUGGAGCAAUUCUGCUGCUUCCAAGAAGCCGCGCUCCAGGAGUGAUAUCUCGGCAGGACAGCAUGCUGAAACGGAGGGCCAGUCAACAUCGCACGGAGAAUGGGAACUCCGUACAUCGGCGCCAGAAGACGAGUACCAGCUCCCCUCCUGUGGCUGGUCCCACUGACGCAGCUUCCAACCCAGGGUCCGACGUUGAAACCGGGUCAACAAAGGUGUUGAAAGCCAUCAAGGACAAGAUCCAGCCCCAAAAGAUGCUGCCACCGCUCCCCCCUGGGGACGGUGUCAAGAUGGCUCUCAUGCGAACGGCGUACGUGCUUGGAUUCGGACUGUGGUGCAUCAUGGGCGGCCAGAAGAUCAAGUACAGCGGAGCGGGAGCACUGGCAGUGGUCCUUUUGGGAGCCGUUGCAGGACAGGGAUGGGGUCGCGAUCUUUCCAGCAAGCCCAAGCUCUACCUGCUGUACACGUGGGCGCUUCUGGCGCAGCCCCUGCUUUUCGGCGUCAUCGGCAGCCAGAUCGACGUCAGCUACUUCAAGGGGAGCUUCCUGUGGCGCGGCGUCAUCAUUCUCCCGGUCGCUGCGAUCGCCCGUGCAAUCGUCACCGUCGGAUCCACCGUCGGCACCGCUCUGAACACAUCGGAGCGGCUGUUUCUGGCGCUCGCGUGGCUGCCCAAGGCGACGGUCCAAGCGGCGCUCGCCCCGCAGGCGCUGUCGCAGGUGGCGGGCAAGAACGACCCGAAGCUGACGGGAUAUGCGGAGACGGUUUUCGCGAUAGGGAUGCUCUCGGUGAUCCUCACCGCACCGCUUGGGGCAAUGUUCUUGAAGUUAUCAGGCCCGAGACUGCUCGAGAAAGCUGACAAGCGUCCUGAGCAGGUCAUGCAUGCCGAAUGUAGCCCAGGAUAAAACCGUCAUUGGAUAAUGCAGAGUCUCCUCCUGAAAAGGUUGUAGAUGCUGCGUGGUCAAAAGCUUCUUCGAUUACAGUGCACGCCUUUUGAAGCUUCAAUGCUUCGUGCCAAGUCGUAACCUGUAGAGCUGACAGUCAUCCCACCUUGUUGACGACUUGCGGGCAACGACAUAAAAAGGACAACUAACUUCUUAGGAUCUGUAGAGUAGACAUUUGCAACUUUUAGUAAAGCACGACCCGCAAUUCACAGAAGAGGUUAUGGUAGGAGGGAAGGGUUGUUGAGAGGCCACCAUGUGGCAAAAUGGUACUUCGACAUUAAAUCAUUCUAUUCAGGUACCUUGCCGUUUGCGCACCAGUACGUAUGCAGCUGGCAUGUGAGGCAAAUUGGGAGGAUUGCUUCAGAGCCGGG